AUGGGCGGCAGCGGGGCUGAGUCACUGCAUUCCUGCAUCGGGCUCCUGGGCAUUGCCGCAGGGUCUCUCCUGCUGGCCGUGCACUUCUACAGCUCCCCCCGAGAGACCCCACUGAUCCCCAGCACAGUUCUGGGGGUCCUGCUGCUGCUCCUGUCAGCUCUCCUGGCCUAUGCAGGGAUCCGGAGAAACCUCAGGAAUGGCUCCCUGCUGGUGCCUCUGUGCCUGACCCUGUCAGCCUUCUGGAGUGGCUACGGAGUGAUCCUCAUCCUGGCAGGGCAGGGAGUGCUCCGUGAGCCGGGGGAUGCCCGUGAUGCCCUGGUGCCAGGCCUGGCCACCUUCACCCUGGCCCUGCUGCUGCUGGCCGUGGUGGGCUUCCUCUGUGGAGAGCCCCUCCUGGCCCUGGUGGCUAGUGCCACGUCCCUGGCCAGUGCCCACGAGCUUGCCCUGCACUACAGCUCCUCGCUCGGCCCCUCGGCCGUGGCUUGCGGCCACCUCCUUGUCUGCUUGCUCGGGGGCUACUUUGCUCUGGGGAGGAUCCUCUACUUCCUGACCAAAGGGAAAGUUGCCCUCCCUGGCACGGAUCUGGCUGAGAAAAAGUCCCAGGAGCAGGGCUGGGCCAGCGCUGGCAAUCCCUUUGUAGCCCCCGGGCUGCUCCUGAACGUGCUGGCGGCCAGUGUCUUCUGCUGCAGGCUCCUGGGGAUCACCCCCAGGCUCUUCCCGGGCCACGUGCCCUGGCUGUGGGCAGCUGGCACCUACCAGGUUGGCAUCUGUGUGUUGUCCUUCCGUGCAAUGGAUGUUCUCAUGGCCACAGCCUUUGGCUUCACUUCCAUCCUCCAGUUUGCUGCAGGUUACAGCCUCCUGUACCCCACCUGGCAGCCAGAGGAGCCGUCUUUCCCUACCCCAUUCCUGGUGGUUUUCUCCAUUCUUUUUGCAGUCUUGGCUCUUUUUCUCUUCCUCCAGAGCCCCGUGGAUGGCUUGUACCUGCUGGUUUUUGUCACCUACUGCAUUGCCUUGGCUUGUAGCCCCAGGGGUUUUUUUGCAGCUGGCCCCCAAGGCGUGGCCGUGGCCGUUUUCGUGGCUUCGGCCUCGGUGGCUCUGAUUCACCUGUACAACGUGAGGGCAAGGGCCAAGAUCCCAACAGGGAAGGGGGCUGUGAGGGCCCUCCUUGCUCGCAGCAACCUCCUGAAGCUCCGGGAGGGACCCAACCUCCACGCUCCUUACCUGGGCUAUUCCAAGUACGCCGAUGCAGAAGUGCUCGCCUACGCCUGCAGUGUCCUGGCUUCUUUUGCUCUGACAGACACAGGAGACCCCCAGGCUCCCCUUGCCACCGUGGUCAUUCCAUGGGUGGUGGUCGCUGGUGGCAUCCUGAAGCUUCUUAGUGGCUCGGUGGCCUUUGCCCGGGGUAAAACCCUGGAGAGCAGCGCCUUCAUCCUCUACGCUGUCAUGUGGAUCAUCUGGGGCCUGGCAAGGUAUGCUGGCCUCCACGGCACUGCCAGAAGCUUCCACGCAGCCGUGGGCAUCGUUGCCUUCAUGCUCUUCAACAGCUUCGUUGUCUUCUGCUCGCUCUUCCUCAACAUGGCUUGGUUCUUCUACUCCCUCACGUUCAUGCUGGUGGCUGUCAGCUUCCUGCUGGACGCCAUCCGUGCUCUUCCUGCAGGAUACGACCUCGCUGCCAGCCUCAUCUUUGGGCUGGUCAGCUUUUACUGCUUCCUGGCUGCCCUGGCCAGCAGCACCUUGGAGGGUUGCUGCUUGCCCAUGGGGAAGCCCGUGGUGCAGCUCAGUGGUGUCGGGGCAGGAGCCACCAAGUGUCUUCACCUGCCUGCCAGAAAAGCAUCCUCAGUCAAGAGGAUUGCAGAUAUCCUGAGGAAUGGUGGCACCUGUGGCAUCCCCACCGACACCGUGUACGUGCUGGUGGCUGCCUGCAGCCGGCCUGAUGCCGUGGAGAAAGCUCACAGAUCCAAGCGCCAGGCUCAGGAUCGCCCCAUGUCCCUCUGGAUUUCCAGCCUAAAGCAGCUGGAACCUGCCAAGCAUUUGUUCACUCCCCUCCUCUGGGAUUUCAUGGAGGCUGCCUGGCCAUCUCCCAUCAGCUUGGUCAUUCCCAGAGGCGAGUGGGUGGAUUUCCUGGGAAUGAAGGACUCUGCCAAAUACGUUGGAACCCCUCAGAGCGUGGCCAUCCGCAUCCCCGACUGCUCUGUGACCACACACCUCAUCGACCUGGUUGGCCCCAUUGUGGUCACAUCAGCCAACCCAACGGGAGAGGCUGACACGACCCACCACAACCAAGUGUACGCCAAGCUGGGAGAUAAGGUCGAUGCAGUUCUUUGUGGUGGGCCUUCUCCAGAGAACAUUGCCUCCACCGUGGUGGACUGCACCAAGAUCGACAGUGGGAACAUCGGAUUCUUCCGGGUCGGCAUCAUCCCCAAGUCUCAGGUGCUGCAGAUCCUGGAGCAGGUGCAGAAGAAACGCCUGGUGGUCCCUACCAGUGGCACUGGCCCCACAAAAGGCUGGGAAGAGCUCCAGACCCGUGGCCAUGCCGUGCGCAACGGCGUGGGCAGAGCUGCCCUGGGGGAGCCGGGGCUGGAUUCCGAUUUGGAGCAUCACACCCGCUUCUGA